AUGGCGGCGAGCGAGUGGCACUAUCGUUCUUUCACAAUGAACACCUCUCUUUUCGAAAUUGUUGUAAACAUGGUGAAUGUUCUGAUUGAUCUUGAACAUUGUGAUGCCUCCACUACUUGUUGCCCGGUCAAUGUUAACGGCGUUUAUUUGUCCGAAGAGGACCGGUUUCUCAGCGAGAUCAUUGAAAGUUUGCCCGACUUUGCCGUUGUGCAGAUGACUGAGAUUACGUUAGCUAACGAACAUGUAUCCUCACCGAAGCAUUUACAACUAUCUGAAUUGGUAAUACGAGGUGAUGCUAGAGUUACUUGCUUUUCAACAGUUAUAGCAACACAUGAGGCUGAUUGGAUAAAAGCACCAAAGGUUUUAGAAGUUUGA